UCUCACAAAAUGAAAACAACUUUGACAUUGAGAGACACGUGAAAAGACAACCUCGUUCCUGGCCUCUCUCGCUUGAUUGGCCAGGCCCACCUGAAGGGGAAUCCCCUAAUUCGAGUUUAGAGUAUGAUUAAUCACGAGACACGAUCUUGUUUGUAGACGUUUUGGCCUCUGUAGGCGGAUGUUUACAGAUUAACAACUAGUAAGAAUGCCUGGGUUUAGACUGGUUGGCUUUGCACAAAUUCCUGCUAAAUACCUUUGUAAGUCAUGUGGUCUGCUAUUGCGAGAAGCAGUACAAACCUGUUGCGGUCACCAUUAUUGCAAAACCUGCCUAUUGGAGAUUUUAACUCAUGAACCGUCUUCAGGGUCUGUGAAGUGUUUAGAUGAGAGUUGCAACAGACCAUUGGGGAAAAACUCGUACUUUGAUGACAACAGUUUUGGAAGAGAGAUACUGAACAUUGUAACUCUGUGUUUGUACAAAGAUGCUGGGUGUCAAUGGAUGGAUGCUGUCAAAAAUGCAGAAGAUCAUUACCGAGAGUGCAAUUUUAAGCCAACUACGUGCACCAAUGCUGGCUGUAAUCAAAACAUACCACUGUGUGCAUUAGCCCAACACCAGGAGAAGGAAUGUCCCUUUAGAAAUGUGGUGUGCCACUCAUGCAAUUCAGCAAUCAAAUGGACUGAGAACGCAAGUCAUGUCUGUGAAUACAUGCAUGUCACUUGCCCAAAUUGUGGGAAAGAAAACAUUGAGCUCCGUGAGUUGAAUAAGCAUUUAGAUGCAAAGGAUGGAGAUUGUACACAGAUGGAGUGUCCAUACAGAGAGUACGGAUGUGACCAUCCUGAGAGGAUGAAUUCCGUAGAGCUCAAGACUCAUCUAGACGCCUGUGUUAUAACGCAUCAGUUGAUUUUCUUGAGACAGCACAAAAGAUCAAGCACCAAUCAACAUCCAUGCGAUGUUGCCGACACUGAGGCCGAGCUUGGGGCCUUGAAACGAAGUCUUGUCUCAGCUGAAACAUGUCUUUUAAGACACGAUUGGGCGCUCAGUGAUCACUACCAACUGAUUAUGCACUUGAGAAAAGAUGUGGAGGAAUUGAAAGAUCUCGGGGUAAAGAAAGAUGGUCAGUGAUUCUUUGGGUUAGUUGUUGUCAGUUUUCUUGUUCUUGACCACACGGUUACAUAACUUAACAUCUAAUUUAAGGUACAAUUAGGUAAAGGAACAUACUGAAUACAUGUAAAAGUAGUUUAAGUUUUUAUUUUGGUUGUUAGUUCCACACUUUUGGUUAGUAUUUAGACGUAUAUAUUUUUUUAUUGUAAUGCAGAGAAUCAUAGUUACAUGAAGUAAAGCUUGAGUGACUUGAGUGAAAUGGAUAGAAUUAGCAAACGGUGCGAUAGUAGCAUAGGAGUAUAAAAGGGAAGGGGACUUGGGUCGACUGAGGAACCAGACCCAAACCUCUCUCGGUUUUCCACUCUUCCCCAACUAUAGCGCUCUUUGCUAUUGCGCUCCGUUCUACUAACUAAUGCUUGGCACAGGCUAAGAAAAUAGUUUAAAGUGUUUAUAGCUUUUUAGAGGGCCAGUUCUCGGUAGAUUUGUACAUAAUCUCGUACAGUCACGUUAGGAUAUUUGUAGUACAUUUAUUUUAAACAUAUUUUAUUUUCCGUAUGUUUAUGUUUGUGGAAAAAUGUGGUCAGGCGCAUGAAAAUCUAAUAAAACUGUUUGUAGUAAAGCUAUUAAAAUAGUCCUUUAGAUGUUCAUGUUUGCCGUAUUAUAACAGUGAAAUGU